CUUUCUGAGGAUUUUGCUGAUUCAGUAAAUAAUGGCUUUUGGGCUUCUAGGCUCAAUUUCUUGUUCUUCUUCAAUCACCAUUAUCCCCGGUGGUCAUUGCCGGAAGAAUAAAAAGUACGUUGACCAUUCCUACUCAAGAUAUUAUGUACCAAGAUGUUCAUGGAACAAGAAUGGAAAAUCAUUAACAGAAAAUCGUAUCAUGAAGACAUCUUUGGAGAAUAAUUGGACCAACCAUUACAAAGGCGUUGAACAAAAAUCUACAUUUGAUAAAUAUAAGAGACAAAUAAUAAAUGCAGUCACUACAGAAUCAUAUGAACAUGAACCACAAGCUCAUAAUUCAAAAAUUAUUAUUGAAUCUAUCAUGCACGGCUUGGAUACUUUUCGCAAAUUUAGCAGAUUCUACGCAUUCAUGAGCCAAGUGGCAGGUUCACUUUUUUCUUCACUCCUUGCUGUGGAUAAUGUAUCACAAUUAUAUCCAACAUUUUUUAAUGGCUAUUUACAGUAUAUUGUACCUCACUUCUUCAUGCAUCUCUAUCUUGUUGGAUUGAAUCAAUUAGCUGAUCUUGAAAUAGACAAGAUUAAUAAGCCAUAUCUUCCUUUAGCAUCUGGAGAAUUUUCUUUCACAAAUGGAAUUAUAGUUGUGGCAUCAUUUCUAUUUCUGAGCUUUGGAGUUGCUUGGAUGAUAGGAUCAAAACCAUCGCUUUGGGCUCUUCUUCUCACUUUUGUGCUAAUGACAGGUUAUUCCGUUAAUUUACCUUUUCUAAGAUGGAAGAAAUCUACAACACUUACUGUAAUGAUUCAUUCAAUUGGGAUGACGAUAUCUUUUAAUAUUGCAGCUUUUAUGCACAUGAAGACCUUUGUACUCAAUAAGGCAACUACUUACCCAAGAUCCCUAUUUUUUGCUACUGUUGUGAUGCCAAUUUUUUAUGCGGUUGUAGCAAUGGCAAAGGAUAUGCCGGACAUUGAAGGAGACAAAGCAGCAGGAAUCAAAACUUUAGCAAUUCGAUUAGGUUCUAAGCGGGUAUUUUGGUUUUGUGUUUCACUUCUUGAAAUUGCUUAUGGAGCUGCUAUUCUAAUUGGAGCAUCAUCUCCAUUCCUAUGGAGCAAAUUUUUUUCGGUUUCCACGCAUGCUAUCAUGGCUUUGAUUCUUUGGAAUCGUGCUCACUCUGUAGAUUUAUCAAGCAAUAUUUCCUUGCAAUCCUUUUACAUGUUUAUAUUUAAGCUCAUUUAUCUGGAAAACAUCCUUACACUUUUCGUUAGAUGA